AUGUACUUCGAUGGCUCCAAAAUGCUAGCCGGACUGGGGGCUGGGGUGAUCCUUACAUCCCCCACUGGCGAUAACAUCUGGUAUGUACUACAAAUUAUGUAUACUGAUUCCAACAACGUAGCCGAAUAUGAGGCCCUGUUGCAUGGGCUUCAGAUGGCAACAUCAAUGGGUGUACAACGGCUCGAGGUGCGGGGAGACUCUAACCUCGCCAUCUCCCAAGUCAACAGCGAAUUCGAUGCUAAAUACCCCAAGAUGGCGGCAUAUUGGAAUGCCGUCCUUAAAAUAUCUGCCCCGUUCGAAGGGUUAGAAUUUCACCAUGUCUCCAGAGACAGCAAUCAAGCUGCUGACGUCCUUGCUCGAUUGGGCGCCAAGCGUGACCCGGUCCCUAAGAACGCCUUUGUGGAACGGCUUUUCAAGUCAUCCGUGGUGUGGCAGGAUGAGGGCAAGGACGCUGGAGCCAAUGGCCGAGAACAAAUCAUCCCUCCUGUCAUCGAACCAGACGAAGAAAUCAUCGGAGGCUCGACACUCGACGAAACAACUUCGGCUCAUGAAGUCAUGGCAGUCAUCGCGCCAUGGACCGAGCCCUUCCUCACCUACCUUCUCUGUCAAGAGCUCCCCGAUGACCAGAACGAGGCACGACGCAUAAUGCGGCGCUCUAAAGCUUAUAAGGUCCACGAUGGUGAACUGUACAAAAAAAGCACUACCGGAGUCCUCCAGAGAUGCAUAUCCGAAGAGGAGGGGUGGCAACUAUUGGCCGAUAUGCACGCUGGCAUGGGUGGUCACCACGCGGCAGCUCGGGCCUUGGUCAACAAGGCCUUCUGA